AUGCCCCAUCGAAUUCCUGCCCCUCUGUGUGGUAUUCAGGACCCUUGUGGUGGUGACAGAAAUUCCAGCCCAAACCACAUAGGAGGAAGUUACUUCAGCCUGUUGUUGGCUACAAGCAACAAAUGGCCCCCAAACUGGGGUGUGGUGGGUGUCCCCUUCCUGCUCUCCUGCAAGUAUGAUCAGCCCAGCUGCAAGGUCAUCCUGCAGGCAUUUGGUCCAAAUACCCCUGCUCACUCUCGGUGCUUCUCCAGCGUGGGGCACAGUGGAGGGAUGCAGGUGCUAUCCCUGGCACCAGCAUGUCUCCAGAGGGGCCCAGGCAUUGUCCUGCAUGAGCAUUCACGGGCCGACUGGGACCAUUAUAUUCGUGUCAGCUGGAAUGAGGUCCUGCCAGGCUCUGAGAUCAACAUUAAAUCUCGGAGCAGCAACACGCUGGUGCCCUAAGACUACGCAUCUGCAUCGGUGCUGCACCUUGGGGGGCUCCCCUUCAGCCGGCGUGGGCUGCCCCCCAUCCCACCGCUCUGGGCCCCCCGUGUCCACAUUGGCCAGGGCCAGUGAUGGAAUCUGAGCACCUCAGACAUCACCCGGGUCCUCCUGCUUUGCGACUGCAGCCCCAGUGGCCCCGGCCCCCAUGGGAGAGGGUUCCAGGCCCAUGGCAACGGUGGGAGCCCCACUCCCAGCUCUCGACCACACCUGCAGCAGCUUCUGGAGGCACUGUUGGCAGAGUCCAGGAGCCUCCACCCUAGUGACUCCAGGGCUGGAGAGAGCCCACUGGAGUGGGAGCCCCCCACCCUGGGGAAGUUUGGUGUGGAAGCCUCUGCUAGGUGGCCUCAGACCCCAGCUUCUUCUCCAAGCUGAAGGCCUGGUGCAGGUGGUCCUGGUGUUGCCCUGGAGUGGUCCUGGCAGGCCCAAGUGCACACUGUCCCCCCAGCACUGUCUCUAGAAGAUGACCAGCCAGCACCUACCCAGGCUACUUUGGGGAACCCAGCUCUGGGUCACUUCAGGGGGAAACCCAGAGCCCUGGAGGAUGUGGAAGUCCUGUAG